CCUGGGCACUAAACUUAAGUAGGCUUCGCAGAUGGUUUCUCCCGGCUUCUAAGGAAAGUGAAUUGUCGCUGUCACGUGACACCAAGGACCCGUUGCUAGGAGACGAGUAAACGCUUGCCUCCCCAAGGUGGAAUAUUGGACUGUCUGGGAGAAGAGCGGGUGAGCAGCAUGGAGAUUGUCUAUGUUUAUUUGAAGAAGCGCAGUGAAUUUGGUCGACAAUGCAACUUUUCCGAUCGGGCAGCAGAGAUCAACGUGGACAUUCAGCCAGAUCCAGUGUUAGCAACAAAUUUUAUUGAAAGAGACCCCAUUGAUACUGGAGUGCAAUGUGCUCAUGACAUGUCAGAACAUGAGGUUAACACAGAAAGAUUUGAAAUGGAAACCCGAGGUAUUAACCACUUGGAAGGUGGCUGGCCUAAAGAUGUCAACCCACUAGAAAUGGAGCAGACCAUUCGUUUCCGGAAAAAAGUGGAAAAGGAUGAGAAUUAUAUCAAUGUCAUUACACAGCUUGGCAGUUUGAUGGAUCACUGCAUCAAACAGAACAAUGCCAUCAAUAUCUAUGAGGAGUAUUUUGAGGAGGAGGAGACAGCAGCAGUUACCGAAGAGCCACCAUCCGCAAAAACUAUUAAUCUUUUCAGACAUGCAUUUCUCUUUGGCCAGGUUUUGUGGUGGGACAUUCGUAAACUAUCUGAGCCCACUGAGACACUUGUUAUGGAUAUCAGUAGAAAAGGCAACCUAGAAAAUGCUUUAGGAGCCAUUGCAUUGGAAUUUGAGCCAACAAUGCCAACCAAAUUCAUGGUGGGAACAGAGCAAGGGAUUGUAAUUUCUUGUAACCGCAAGGCAAAGACACCUGCUGAAAAAAUUGUCUGCACGUUCAGUGGCCACCAUGGCCCCAUCUAUUCUCUGUCAAGAAAUCCUUUCUACCCCAAGAACUUUAUGACUGUUGGAGAUUGGACAGCACGCAUUUGGUCGGAAGAGAGCAAAGAAUCAUGCAUCAUGUGGACUAAAUACCAUAUGGCUUAUCUCACAGAUGGGUGUUGGAGCACAACUCGACCAGCUGUCUUCUUCACUACUAAGAUGGAUGGGACCCUUGAUGUUUGGGACUUCCUUUUUAAACAAAAUGAUCCUACACUCCACCUGAAGGUCUGCGAUGAGCCUCUCUUCAGUCUGCGUUUGCAGGAUAAUGGGCGUUUUAUUGGCUGUGGAUCCAAGCUGGGCACAGUAACGCUUCUGGAAUUUUCUUCUGGCCUCUGUACUUUGCAACGGAAUGAGAAGAACCUGGCCUCAGCAAUGUUUGAGCGGGAGACAAAGCGAGAGAAGAUUCUGGAGGCACGCCACCGUGAAAUGCGUCUCAAGGAGAAAACCAAGCUGGAAGGCAAGGAUGAAGAGGCCAAAGAAGAUGUUGAGGAAGAAAAGCCACAGGAAGUUAUGAAACGAGUGCAUAGAGAGUUCUUUGAGAUAAUUGAAGGAGAACUUCGGCGCCGCGAGCGAGCUCAAGCCAAAUCAAAAGUGGAAAAGGAGCGGGAGUUUGAAGACGAUGACAAUGAAGUAAUUCUUCCUAAGGACGAAAAGGAAGAAGAGGAGGAGUGAAUGUUGUCUUGCCUGAAUGAAGUUUUCAUUUCCUUUGGUGCUUUAUUUUCUCUCUCGUUAUUUUUUUCUACAUAAAAAGUACACUCAAUAAAAAUAAUAACAUAUAA